AUGAAUAUAAAGCGGCUGCUAUGGGAGUCUAAGCUCGCAGUGGCGCUCUCUCUACUUAUUAUGGCGCGUUGUGUUGACCGUGUACUCUAUACACGGAUUACGUACGACUACACCGAGUUUCUCUGGUAUUUUACGAACGUGAUCCUCCCUAUCGCAUUUUUAAUCUCAUCAGCUCCUGUUGUAGCCUACAAGAUGUACUUUACAGAUGACAUUACGCAAGAGAUGCGUGAGUUUCCUCAUUACAAGUACAUGCUCAUGGCUCUCUUUGACACGCUUUACAACCUACUUGGUGCGUUCCCAACGCCUCACAUCGGGGGGAACAUGGCCAAUGUGCUGAACCAGCUAAAUCUACCAUUCAAUAUGCUCUUGUCAUACAUUUUCUUGCAAACGCGUUUCAAGCGCGGCCAUAUUUUAGGCUCCAUCCUAGUGCUGUAUGGGGGCAUGGUGAACUUGAUCCCAGCUAUAACUGGUCAGGACAACGCGAACACCCCUGACCCAAGCGCGGGAUGGAUAUCUUUGUAUAUCGUGUCGCUGGUGCCGGCCGCGGCUUCAAACGUCUACAAGGAGAUCGGACUGAAGGACGUGGACCUAGAUAUCUGGUACGCCAACAUUUGGAUCAGCUUUUACCAGCUGAUCAUUGGCUCUGCCACCAUUUGGACAGUGCGUAUUACAGCGUUCAGUGAUCCUCCAGUGCCUUGGGCGGACUUUCCAUCCUAUGUGGUCAAAGCCCAUCAGUGUUUCAUCGGCAACGAAGUUGAGCUGAACGGCAAGGUGCUUGCGUGUGAUUCCGGGGUGUUGGAGGUGUUUUUGGUCUUUAUCGUCUUCAACACAAUCUACAACCAGCUGAUGCUGUACAUCUUCAAGGAAGGCAGUAGUGUUCUCUUCGUGGUCUCAUCCGCCGUAGGCCUUCCUCUCACCGAUUUGCUGUACAUGCUUCCCUUUCUUACGGGCAAGUUCGCCGGCCAAGCGUUUACUAUCUAUGACGGAUUUGCACUUUUUGUGCUCGUGAUGGGAUUACUCGUGUACCAUUCUGAAAAAGAACAGCGCAAGAGUGGGACACAGUCCGUGGAGAAGUCACCCAUGUAUGCGUCGCCUUCGUUGCAGAAGACGCAUCUCAUGCGCAAGCGUCGCGGCAAAGUGGUGUACCGUCAAAGUCCAAUGUUUCGGCACAGUGGAAGUGGCAGUGAUGUUCGACUCUUGGGUCGUAGCGCAGCUGGUAAGAACUCCUACGGCUCCAACAGCAACACGGCAAAUCAUGCAGGCAACAAUGUGUAA